AUGGACAACAUAGCACCAGCAAACAUUGUCCUUGCUGAGAGAGAUGGCUGCUUGGAGCGACAACCCGAUGAUCCUGCCCAGCCUAAUCCAGAGCGUCCGUUCCUCAAACUCACGAGCGCUGCGUUUUCCUUCUUUGUCGCGGGCCUCAAUGACGGCAGUCUCGGUGCUCUGUUACCGUACGUUCUACGGACCUGGGACCUGAGCAUGAACCUCGUCGUUGUCAUAUACGCCGCAACCUUUCUAGGCUGGUUCGUUGCGGCGCUCACCAACUUCUCGCUGCGCCAUUACCUCGGACUCGGCGCAAUGCUCGCCCUCGGAGCAGUCCUGCAGACUGUCGCUCACGCGCUGCGGUCCUGGAUGCCGCCGUUUGCCUUGUACACGGUGACUUACUUUCUGGUCAGUCUUGGACAGGCAUUUAACGACACCCACGCCAACGACUUUGUCUCGUCGGUGAAGUCUGCGCAUCGCUGGCUCGGCGUCAUCCACGCCAUGUAUAUGGCUGGCUGUCUUGUCGGACCGCUCGUGGCCACUGCCAUCGCCACGACUGAUCCACGGUGGUAUCUCUUCUACGUGGUGCCCUCCGGAUUAGGGGUCAUCAAUCUCACGCUGAUUGUGAUUGCAUUCCGCGACAAGAUGACUGUCCGCAUACGUAGACAUCUUGUAGACCAGAGCGGACAGUCGUCUGUUGGCCGCGACGCCUUACUAGAGAUGAAGAACACGCUCCGCCUACCUGCCGUGUGGAUCAUGAGCCUGUACUUUUUCUUUUUCCUGGGAGCGGCUGUCACUGCGGGGGGUUGGGUGGCCGAGUACCUGGUCAAUGUGCGCCACGGCAGGCUCAGCGAAAUGGGCUAUAUCCCUACCGGCCUAUACGGAGGCGCCUUUCUCGGCCGGCUGCUUCUCGCAGAACCGACGCAUCGGCUGGGCGAACGGCGAAUGAUUGUGUUCUAUGCCGUGCUUUGUGUGUGCUUGCAAUUGGUGUUUUGGCUGGUUCCAAAUAUCAUCAUUGAAGCAGUGGCCAUCUCUCUGUUGGGGUUUUUUUCAGGGCCCUUCUUUGCUACAGGCAUCUCUGUUGCUUCAAAACUCUUUCCGGCCGACGUCAAAUCCUCUGGUAUCGCAUGUGUCUUCGUUCUUGGCCAAAUAGGGGGGUCUAUUUUCCCCAUCCUCACCGGAGUUAUUGCUACUCGCGCGGGAGUCCAGGUACUGCAGCCAAUGCUCGUUGCUCUUUUCUGUGCUGCGGGGGGAUCGUGGCUGCUUCUACCAAAGAGACCGGAAUCACUACUGGAGAUAUCUGCUACUUAA